AAGAACAAUCGACGCUCAUUCCCGGGGAGUCUCAGAAUCGGUUAGUAUGAUUAAGAGGUAAUAAUAGCGUACAGUAACAUUGAAAAUAACAGGCACACAUCAAAAGCUAGUCCCUGCAAUGGUUAGAUAUUAAAUGGUCAUGCCGCUCACACGGUGGGUGGCUGAAAGCCUCAAGCUGAAAACAAAAUAUGGGGAUAACAUGCUGAACCGCUAACAUGGAUCUUUCGCAAUGGAUCUUGUUUCAAUGGCCUAAACAUGCCAGGUCUGACCGUCGAGGCUUUAACCUAUAAUUUGCAAGAGUGUCCACCAUGGAAAACACCUUAUUAAAUACAGGUAUGUCACAGCUAAAUGUUAGGUUAGCGAUCCAUUAAGUAAUGGCAUGGGCGUGCAAUUAUGCCAAAAUCCUUUUUGAUUGGUUCUUGCUGCCAAUUGCUGGAACAUGAUAAUGUGAUGACUCGUCUCAAGGACAGUAGGCACAGAAAACUUUAGUGUUGCGUUCUCUAUGCUUCUGCCAGAUCUCAAGGCAUGGCAGACAGCAUCUGGGCGAUGUAGUGGCAUGAUUCUUCAUGUCUACCUAUCAACUGCUACAACACAGCUGUACACAUCUUCUGUAUAAAUAGGCAGCAUCAGAACAGUAGAUACAUCAAACAAGAAGCUCUUAUUUUCUGCUUCUCCUCCUUUCGUCAACCACAAGACAGCGAAAAGCUUCAAGCUCAGAUAUGGCUUUCCACCAAAGAUCCAUAAGUUUGCCUUCUAGGCCUCACGUCAGUGAGACCGAAGUCGAGCAAGAGCUCCACAGCCUAGAAGCAAGCAUCUCUUCCUCAAGUUCCAUCAACACGACGUGCGAUGGUCUCAGCUGUCUUGCAAACAUCUAUGAUGAUCUUGAAGAGAUCAUUUGCCUACCAAGCAACCAAGCUUACUCCUCCCAGCAGAGGGUGAUGUUGGAUGGAGAACUGGAAGGUUCUCUCGAGCUCCUAGAUCUCUGUGGUGCCAUGCAAGAGACCUUCCCCGAGAUGAUGGUCGUCAUCCAAGAGCUGCAAGUGGCUCUAAGAAAAGGAGAUGAUGCAGCUGCUCAAGCCAAGAUGCAGUCGUUUAUUCGCUUGGCGAAGAAGGCCAGGAAGCAUUUCAAGAAGACUACCAAGAAGGCUGCAUCCAACAAGAUGGUCAUGCUAUUGACCAAGGCAAGAGAGAUCUGCAUCUCUCUGUUGGAGUCCACACUCCAUCUCUUGUCGAAGCAAAUUGAAAUGCCAAAGCAGUCUCUUGUCUGCAAGGCAUUUUGCAAGAACAAGACAAUUGUCUGCAAGGAGGAGCAACUGCAGGAGUUAGAGUGCAUUAUUGAAGAUCUUCAGAAUGGAGCAGGAAAUCUGUUUAGGAAAUUAGUCCAGAACAGAGUUUCUCUUCUAAACAUUCUUAGCUCAUAGAUUCUCAACAUCACUCUACUCUCUGUGAUUGGCAUCCAUCUUUUUGAGGAUGAGCCGAUCUUGAUACAGUUUUGCCAUAUGUAUACAGUACAAAUGUACAGAAAAUAUAGAAACAAAGAGGAAGGUUUUGAUCCAUC